CCGAAGACGUGGCGCAUCAAGGGCGAGGUAAUAAAGUUCGCCUGCUGUUCGUCGUCCAGAGAGGUGCACUCGUUCAUCUCAAGGCGCACACAUUCAUUCGCCCCGGUGCCAUCAAGACACGAUCGUUGUCAGCCUGUCCCCCUUCACCAGUCCCCGAAACAGCUGCCACAAUUCCAAAACAAAGAUGGCAGCAUCCCUGAGGACAGCAGCCGCGGCAGCGGGCCUGCUCCUCGCCAAGACGGUCGCCGCGCAGUCACCAGCGCCGACGGCCGGCGACCUCUCCGUCCUGACCAUGAACGUCGCAGGCCUGCCGCAGUUCCUGCAGGGCAACGACGUGCCGGGUGACAAGGAGGUGAACUCAAAGUUGAUCGGCGGUUACUUUGCCCAAUAUGCUUUCGACGUCAUCCACGUGCAGGAGGAUUUCAACUAUCACGCGGCCGUGUACGAGACGGACAACCACCCGUACAGGACCGCGACCUCGGGCGGCGUGCCGUUCGGGUCCGGGCUCAACACCCUGGCCAACUACCCAUGGGUGGACUUGACGCGCACCAAGUGGAACACUUGCAGCAACACCGACAGCGCGGACUGUCUCACGCCCAAGGGUUUUACCUUCAUGAGAAUGCAGAUUGCUGCGGCAACGGACAAUUCCUCCGCCGUCUACGCCGACUUCUACAACCUGCACGCCGACGCCGGUACCACCGACGCCGAUGAGACGGCCCGCAACUCCAACAUCAACCAGGUGUUGGCUUUCGCCGAGGCAAACUCGGCUGGCAAUGCUGUUGUUAUCUUUGGCGAUACAAACUCGCGCUACAGUAGAGUCCUGGACACAGCGGUGCGCACGCUGCUCGACGCCGGCUUCACAGACGCCUGGGUGCAGCAUGCACGCAAUGGAGUCGUGCCGACUCAGGAGACUCUGUGCGUAAACCCGCAGUCAUCCGACAACAACACAUGUGAGACCGUGGACAAGGUCUUCUACCGCUCCUCGCCGCUCGCCACGCUCGACGCCACUAGCUUCAUGUAUGUUGGUGAGUGGUUCCUGCAGCCCAACGGCAGCAUUCUCUCGGACCACAAUCCCGUCAACGUCAACUUCACCUGGACCGCGGGCACUAGCUUGCGGCAGUCGGCCUACUGGGGAGGGCCGCACGGCACUUGGUUCAGCGACGUCGGCGCGCUGGCCAACAUCUCAAAGCCUGUCGUGUCCAAGCUCACCUUCAGGGGUGCUAACAGGCUCGACAGCGUAGGCGUGACACUGAGUAGUGGCACCAGCCUUACCCAUGGCGGCACGGGCGGCACUGAGGCGAGCCUGACGCUAGGUGCUGGUGAGUACUGGACUAAGGCAACAGUUUGCCAGGGUCUGUACAACAACCAAACACGCAACUUCUAUAUUGAGGCGACGACCAGCACUGGGAAGACUGUUAGCGCCGGCAAGAAGACCACCGACUGUGCUGACUUUACAGCACCAGAUGGCUGGAGCAUAGUCGGCUUCUUGGGUCAGGACGGGGACGAGGUAGAUCAGUUGGGGUUCCUAUAUGCGCCUCACUAAUCUUCCGAGGACAAUCAGUGCUCCCGUUUGCGGAGUCUACCUAAAAGCAUCGGGGUUGAUAUUAGCACCAUGUACAUAGCUCAGAUACCACGAAUAGCACAUGCGUAUAUUAAGAAGCACUCAAUACAACCGACAGUCUCCGCGAAACUCUCGAGGCUGCUAAGAAUGUCACAUCGAGUGUGCGAUGGGAUGCAUUCCCCACUCUAACCUGCGUGAUCGCCGGUGUCCGGCGGGGGUUGACAGAAACCGCUAUGCGACGAGGGCUGCUCGGCGCUAGACCGCGCCUGAAUUAGUCCAAUGGGUCGAAACAAAACCUGACCGAGUACAGGUCGUGCAAACAUCGUGGCGGGCAAUGUAGAUCAAGCUGCCGAGUCGCUAGUUGGGCUCAAACCUGGGGUGCUGAACACAUUUGCGCUGGGUGAGGUCGCAGUGGCUGGCUGGUUCGCUGAGAGACUAGUCGUCGGCCAGCUUUCCAGAUGUAGUUCGGCUGUCGGCAGCGCAGCUGCUGUAUUUCCACGGAUGCUUGUGGCCAAUGGUAUAAAUCGUACGCACUGAUUAGUUGGCUUUGCGCCGUCGAGCGAUGCCACGGGGCCUGUAAAAGCGGCGCCUCACUAGAAUCAAACGCAUUUGUGAAUCUAGAUGCCACGCAACACGGGUGCCUGCGACCAAACUUUGAUGGGAACCGGAAGCUUCUUUGUGUCGUUGCGCUGCCGUCGUCCACUAGCAAGUAUUAAUUAGCAUUGCCCCGGGCCAGGGCGUGAAAACGUGGACGGAGUUUGACAGGUGGGGGCGCCCAACGGCAGUAGCUUGGCACCGUCAGACGCUGUGGCGAAAGUGUUUCGUGGGUCUCGUUCUCGCCAAUCACCGGAGAAACAAUUUUUUGGAAUGGAAAGGAGCCAGAAGACAACAAGGUCGUCCCAUCUCUAUGGUAGACGAAGGGUUAGCGGGCCUGACGUCGACCUAGUGGUAGCCGUUCUGACGUUCUGGCCGUAUGCCAAGGAGACAUCGCCUGGACAAGAUUCAGGAACAAAGAGUUGAGCGGUUGACAAAUUGCACAGUACGCUAACCAACUGCUUGGCCAAGCCUGGCGAGAGAGACCCAGUGCGUCGGGCCAGGCCAGGAGGAACCGCUGUCGGGGCGCGCAAGGCAGGCUGCACCUGGGCAUUGCUCGCAUUGAUCCCAUGGCAUGGGCGUGGAAGGUGACUGACAUGUGUCGCAAUGUGCUGAAUGAACCCAGCAGUCUGGAAUGGCUGGGUGUUGGGCGUGGCGAGGAAGCAGCCGUGCCUGGUGGCACGGUGUAACGCCCAAACCCAUGGUCCUGGCUGCCUGGGUAGCCAACAUGUUGUCCAGCCUGCGGGUAUCCCGUGGACAAAGGCGAAGCCCAUCUGCUGUGGCGCCGUUACGCGCGCUUUCUUCGAUGAGUGUGGUCGAAGAUCAUCGAGCGCCCGAGGGUCCUGAAGGAAAUCCGGUCGGGACGUCGGUUGCCUGCGAGGCCUGAUCCAGGUGCAUCAUACAGUACUUCGCCAUGCAUGCUAAGUGAUCGGCGCGUUGACCGAGCCUUGCUAAAGAUAUCAGCAUCCCGGCCGCUGGUUGCAGAAAGCCAAUUCUCUCAAGAGCAUUCCGCACAAUGCACGAAGCUGCCGCAGUGACACCCCAGACGAGUUUCUGAGCCUGGCAAUGACAAAGACGUUGCGGCAAGACCCCAGCGACAGUACGAUGUCAUGUCAGAGGGAUGUCAAGGUUGGGGUUGUUGGAUCUGUGCACGGGCUUGGCGCAGCGGGUGGGCAGCGAAAAGUGAGGUCAAUUCAAAAGCCAAUCAAGCGACGGCCGCCCUCUGGCCAGGGCCGCCACAGCGUAAUGUAUUGUAUUGAUUGAAUGCAGUGGCCAUUGAUCAUUUGGCAAUGGAGUCGAUGAGAUCAGCA